AUGGAUGUUUUCGCGGCGCUCCGCAGCGGUAUCAAGUUCGACGGCCGCUUCAAGAACGACAUCAAAGCCUUCGAGAAGCCCGUGAAGCCCCGGAGGGCCACGGCGGCGCCCGACCCAGGAGAGCUCGACUUCUUCGGCGACAAAGCAGGCGCCGCGCACGGGCGCGAAGAGCCGCGGUCGCCGCGAGAGCCGCUCGACGACCAUGACGACGCUGAGACGGACGAGGAGCCUGCGGAUCGCGCGGACGCGUCCGACGACGACGGCGAGAGCGAUUCGGGCGAGAGCGCGGGCGACAGCGACGACGACGCGCCCGAGGACGUCCCCCUGUUCGCGCCCGGACAACUCGGCGGCGGAACAGCCCUCCGCACGGCGCUGCAGCGCGUGAACUCGCGCAGCCGCGACCCCCAGGAGGCCGCGAACAUCGUCCGGAAGGCUAUGCGGAUCAAAGUCCGCGGCGACGACCCGCCAGCGCCUCUGCAAUCGUUCGCGGCGCUCGUGGACGAGUUUGCGUGCCCGCCGUGCGUCGUGGACAACGUGGUGACGGAGCUGCGCCUGGGGGACCCGACGCCGAUCCAGAGCCAGGCGUGGCCGACGCUGCUGAACGAUAUCGAGCUCCUGGCAGUCGCGCCGACGGGGAGCGGGAAGACCCUCGCGUUCGUGCUGCCGCUCAUCGCCCAGGUGGUGAAGAAGAUGGCGGCGGGGACGCUGCCGAGGCGCGGGGUCAAGGCCGUGGUGAUAUCACCGACGCGUGAGCUCGCGGGGCAGAUCGCGGAGCAGGCGCGCAUCGCCAGCAAGGGCUCCGGAGUCAGGUGCGCGCUGCUGACUAAGGGCAUGCUCGUGUCAGGCGCCGACCUGACCAAGGUCGACUUCCUCGUCGCCACGCCGCUGCGGCUCGUGGGCCUCGUCAAGGACGGCAAGAUCGACCUCGGGGCGACAGCGUACGUCGUGCUGGACGAAGCGGACCUCCUCCUGCAGAUGGGCUUCGUCGAGCAGGCGGACGCUAUUUUGGCCGCGGCCGGCGCAUCUCUGCCCAAGGGCGUGCCCUGCGUGCGCGCGCUCUUCAGCGCCACGCUCCCGGACACCGUCGAGGACCUCGCGCGCUCGAUCCUCCACGCGCCGCUGCGCGUCACGGCCGGGGAGCGCAACACCGCUGCCGCCACUGUCCGGCAGCACUUCGUCUUCGCUGGCCGCGAGGCCGGGAAGCUCAUCGCGAUGCGCCGCCUGGUGAAGGAGGGCCUCAAGCCGCCCGUGCUCGUGUUCGUCGAGAGCCAGGAGCGCGCCAAGCGGCUCCAUCGCGAACUGAUGUAUGACGGCAUUCAUGUGGACUCUAUACACGCCGGACAGAGCCAGGCGAUGCGGAACGCGGCGGUGCUGAACUUCCGGCGCGGGCGGACGUGGGUGCUGAUCUGCACGGACGUCCUCGGGCGCGGGAUGGACUUCCUGGGCGUGAACACGGUGAUCAAUUAUGACUUCCCCGCGACCACGGCAGACUAUAUUCACCGAGUGGGGCGCACGGGGCGCGCGGGGCGGGAGGGGCUGGCGAUCACGCUGUACACGGAGGACGACAAGCCGCGGCUGCGGCCGAUCGCGAACUUGGUGAAGCAGGCCGGCGGGGACGUGCCGGAGUGGAUGACGAAGCUGAAGAAGGAACGACUGGGGAAACGGGAAAGGGCGCUGCGAAGGGAGGGCAAGCCGGUCAGGCCGCACGCGGGUGGCGCGAGUGGCAAGUCCGAGAGGGGGGCACCGGCACAGAAGAAGGCGGCGGGUGCCGCGACCGCACCGCCAAGGCGAGUGAAGGGAACCGGGGUUGCGAAGGAGCAGCAGGGACGCAAGCGCGGCGGCGAGGCGGCCGGCGAGGCGAAGGUUGCGAAGAAGCGAAAGAGCAAGUGA